UAGUGCCAGUUAUUCAAGCGUUGUUUAUUAAUAAUAUUACGAAAUGUAUUCAGGUAUAACAAAAUAAAUGUAUAUAAGCAUUACGUAUUCACGUCCCCAUUUUGUUAUCACACUUUUCAUUAAAUGGGUCACAUUCUGAUGCAUUCGAUUCUAUUUUCCUCUCGGGCCGAGCGUGCGGGCCAAGGUGAUGUUUAUACGACGCGCCCGCCGACCCUGCCACUAUGAAAAUCUACUGGAUGCAUUAUUCUUCUCCCUAAGUGCUUAAUAGAAUACUCGCUGAAUAAUUCACAAGUUGAAGACGGCUAAUAAAAGCGUGCUCGACAAGACGGUGGCGGUCGAUAUGUAAAGAGAUGAGAUCUAUUCAGGAAUAAUAUCGUGGUUGUUUACGGUGCGGCUCUCGGUUGGAUUGCGUCGCAACGGUCGCUAGUUUGCCCGCAGCUCAGACGGACGCGAUGGGGGGACACAGGUGGGAUGGAGCGAACGUCUGCGUCGGUGCUUUUUCAUUCUUUGUUUGCGUGGAGGAUUUGCAUACAAUCGGAGAAAUUGCGUGGCUGGCAGCAGCCGAGAAAAAAGGAAUUCGUGUAGUUUUAUGCAUAUGACUGUUAGAGGUGCGGGUCCUGUGAUUUUUCAUCCCAAUAGUAACUUCAAAGAUGUGCUGCUACUGGUGGGGUUCAAACUGGCACCCUUUGUUAUGAAACAUUUUUCUAUCAGUCAUUAAUUACCAAAUAACUUCUUCAAUUCCUUGUAACUACGCCAAAAAAUUGUAAAGAACGUAAUGUAAUAACUUCCCGACAUGGAGAUUUGAUAGUAAAUCGUUCACCGAUAAGCAUGGCUCGAUCGGUCGGUCAGUGUAUAGUUUACCGACGCGUUUGUCAUCUGAAUCACGUGGCCUUCCGUUCGGUUAUUACUAGCAAGCAUUGGUUUCGCGCGUUAGUUGUGGCGGGCUGGCCGCGCCGACAUAGCGUCCUUAUCGACGGAGACGUGAAGUGCGCAUCAACACCGCCACGUGUAUAAACAUUGUUUCACAACAAUAACAUGCGGGUGACGCGGGCAAGGACGCUCGACGACGAUGCCGGCCCACCGCUCACCGACACAUUGAUUGUUUAACAACUACGUUCUGUGCUCAUCCACAAAGAAAUACUUAAGUGUCUACAGUUUUACAGUGAAAAAACACGAUGAGCGCAUUUGCUUGUUUGCGUCCACUCCGGACGAGGAUUUCUUACGAUGUUUGGAUUGUUCAAGUGCUUCUUUGUGACUUAAAACGUUAAUUUAGUGAUUUUUUGUGUAGUUCAAUUUACAAUUUUGAAGUGUUGUGUAGUGAUGGAUACCUAUUACGAAAGCGAACCUGGCAAUCUGGGCGUGGUUGGCGGCGGCAUGCCGGAGGCAGCUGGCGGCGAACGACGCCACGUGCCGUUGUACGGGAGACUGGUUGCUGAAGACCAGCUGGCGUCCAUGUCCGCGCCCUCAGACAUUCAGGUGAGCGCCACAGUGCGCGAUCCCCGAGCUUUCUGCUGCUACCAUACCCCCGCUCAGGCUAUGCAGGCCCGAAUACCACAUCACUUUCGAGACCCCUCGACAGCUCCGCUAAGAAAACUGAGCGUUGACCUCAUCAAAACCUACAAACACAUAAACGAGGUAAGCUAAUUUUAAUAGUUUAAUUAAUAGGUUAAACUU